AUGACUGGACGCCGACGGUUCAACUGCGUCUCCGCGCAACGGGAACUUGAGAUGGGUAGACAGAGCUAUCAGGAAGUCCUGAACGAAAACCGGGGACGCAUUCUUCCCGAGUAUCAUCCGCUUACCAUGCAGGUGAACCGUGUUUUGCAGCGCUUGAUUCCGCAGGCGCCGAUUGAAGGCGCAGACUGGAAGGUCCAUGUUAUAAAAGACGAUAACAUGCUUAACGCCUUUGUUCUUCCUGGGCUCAGCGGCAAGGUGUUUGUCUACACCGGUAUCCUGCCGAUAUGUAAAGACGAGGAUGGCUUAGCAGCCGUGCUAGGGCAUGAGAUUGCGCAUGUGGUGGCCCAUCAUCCGGCGGAGCGCAUGAGCAACAGCUUUAUCACUUUGGGAGCUGCCUUUCUUGUCUCAAUGUUGUUUGACAUCUCUGGACAGCUUCCUUCAUUGCUUAUGAACCUUGCCUAUAGUCUGCCAAACUCACGGACCCAGGAGGUAGGUCUGACUUAG